CCCCGCUCGGUGUUUCCCUUCCGCUGUUAAAGGAGACGCGUCGCGGAGGCUGCGGAGCGGGCGGGGGGAGCGGGCGGCCCCUUUAAACUAUGCGCGCGGCGCGCGGGCCACCAUGCAAUGGCGGUCGCUGGUGCUGGGGCUGCUGCUGCUGAGGCUGGGGCUGCAGGCGCUGCUGGCCCUGCUGCCCGCCCUGGCCCCCGGCCUCUGCCUGCGCCGCCGCUUCCCUUUCCCCUUCCCGGGGAAGCCAGGCCCGGUGGCGGCGGGGCCUGACGCUCAGCUCUUCUCUUCCAGCACCAACCUCAACAUCAACGACGUCCUGGGAAACUACUCGCUGACGCUGAUCGAUGCGCUGGACACCCUGGCGGUAAUGGGAAACUCCUCAGAAUUCCAGAAAGCAGUGAAGUUGGUGAUUGACACGGUUUCAUUUGAUAAAGACUCAACGGUCCAAGUUUUUGAGGCAACAAUCAGGGUUUUGGGAAGCCUUCUUUCUGCCCACAUCAUAAUUACAGACACCAAACAGCCUUUUGGUGAUAUGACCAUUAAGGAUUAUGACAAUGAGCUGCUGCACAUGGCUCAUGACCUGGCAGUGAGGCUGCUUCCAGCCUUUGAGAACACCAAAACUGGAAUUCCAUAUCCCCGGGUGAAUCUGAAGAAGGGGGUACCUCCAGACAGCAAUAAUGAAACUUGUACUGCAGGAGCUGGUUCCUUGCUGGUGGAGUUUGGCAUCCUCAGCAGGCUGCUUGGUGAUUCCACCUUCGAGUGGGUGGCCAGGAGAGCCGUCAAAGCCCUCUGGAGCCUCCGGAACAACAACACCGGACUGCUGGGAAAUGUUGUGAAUAUUCAGACUGGCCAUUGGGUUGGAAAGCAGAGUGGCCUGGGAGCAGGGUCGGAUUCGUUCUACGAAUACCUGCUGAAAUCUUACAUCCUCUUUGGAGAAAAGGAAGACUUGGAGAUGUUCAAUGAUGCUUAUCGGAACAUUCAGAACCACUUAAGAAGAGGUCGAGAAGCUUGCAAUGAAGGGGAGGGUGACCCUCCUCUGUACGUGAAUGUGAACAUGCUGACAGGACAGCUGAUGAACACGUGGAUUGACUCUUUGCAAGCCUUUUUUCCUGGGCUACAGGUGUUGAUAGGAGAUGUGGAAGAUGCUAUUUGUCUCCAUGCUUUUUAUUAUGCCAUAUGGAAACGAUACGGAGCUCUCCCAGAAAGAUACAACUGGCAAUUGCAAGCGCCCGAUGUUCCCUUUUAUCCGCUGAGGCCAGAGUUAGUGGAAUCCACAUAUCUUCUUUAUCAGGCCACAAAGAACCCAUUUUACCUUCAUGUGGGAAUGGAUAUUCUGCAGAGUUUGGAAAAAUAUACAAAAGCAAAGUGUGGCUACGCCACCUUACACCACGUCGUGGAGAAGACAAAAGAAGAUCGAAUGGAGAGCUUUUUCCUUAGUGAAACGUGUAAAUAUUUGUACCUGUUGUUUGAUGAAGAGAAUCCACUGCAUAAAUCUGGAAAUAAGUAUAUGUUUACUACUGAGGGACAUAUUGUGUCUGUGGACGAACGUUUCCGUAACUCGCUGUGGCAAGACAUCCUCCCUGGAGAAGAGGACAGCGCAGAAAAAAUUAAACCAAAUGAGUUCAAGGCUGUCAACUUCAGUUCUAACUGUAACAGAGUUCCUGACGAGAGGAGGUACCUACUGCCCUUGAAGAGUAACUACAUGAGGCAGAUCGAUCGGAUGGUGGGCUUGAUCUGAACAGUUCUUCCCAGUCACUUCUACCAGGAGGAGCCUGUCACCAUUCCUUCCCUCUUCAGCUACACCCCUGCUGACCCCGCUGGGUCACUUGGGCACCCCCCGUGCCUCUUCGUUGUCAACCCUGGACGUGAAGGGAGACCAAGUUCUCUUAGGAGUUCUGUCUUCUGAACUGUGGUAACUCCAAGUGCCACCUGAAUAGAGAUUUGUUGUUUUAAGACUUCCUCUGAAAAAUGUUGUUGCAAAUGAAGGCUGAAUAUACUUUGGGGAAAAAAAAAAAAGAAAGAAAGAAAAGAAAAUUGGCACGUGCCACUUAGCUACCUCUUUGUAGCUGUAUUACAAAUGUCCCUUUAGAAAAGGGUCUAGUAUUUAAUUUGAAAUUAUCUUGGGUUUGGGGAAGGAAUGGGAAAGUGCAAUUUCUUACACCAAGUUUAAUCAUUCUGACUAGCAAUACACAACCUUAAGAACUACUCAGGUAGGAACCCACUGGUAGUGGGUUUUGCUGAAACAAAACCGCUGUAGCUAGAAUAGUAGCUUCUUAUAUGAUCAGGAGUUAUCUUUUCAAGAUACCAGUAUAAUCACCCCAUCCCUCACAUGUGUAGAACUGCAUGGUCGCAAGCACCUGUGGCUACAGAAACCAGUGAUAAAUCAGGUGCCUUUUUUUGUAAAGGAGUGGGGGGAGGGAAGGGGAAAUUGCGAAGCCACUCAGCUGUCUGAGCAGAUGACUUGAUGUAGCUUUAGCUGAGCAGAAGUUCCAAAAGUUUCAUUGUUUCUCAUGUAUUAAGUGCCUUUUCAGGAGAGAUGCUGCUAAGAACUGGUGUAACAGUACAUGAAGAACAAACUAUUUCACAUUCCUGACAGCGUUAAUAUAUUAGUGCCUUAUGUUUUCUUCACUAGCAGGAAAAACUGAGCUUGCUUGGGAAGGUGGAUAAAGUAUUUCUGAUUAGCUGGUCACAAAAUACAGUGGAUCCCCAAGUAACUGAAAAAGUAAUAUACAUAGGAGAUGACAUUUUCCUUUUUUUAAAAAAAAAAAAACAACCAAUACUGGAAGGAUAUCAACUGCUGUGCCCAUGCCAAAAAAUGCUUGGGAUGUCAGCUUCCCUCUGCCACCAGCUGGGUAUGUGCCAUCAUGGCAGGGGGAGGGCUCUGGCAUCCGUGCUGAGUGUACUGUACCUGGAAACUGUGCCUUUUGCUUCCAAAAAUGGUGAAAAAAUGCUGUUGCUUCAUCCCGCCAUCUUUAGAUAAAGCUCAGAUAUGUUUGAGGAACUAACUGUCUGGCAAUGUUCAGGAGGAAAGCAGUUAAAUUCAGGCAGGGCUUUUGGGGGAUGAAAACAGAGGCCAAAUCAACUCAUUCUAAAUAUAACAUUAUUUUUUUAGUGGCUCCCCAUUGCUUCCAUGCUUUUUACUUUUGACUACAAUUGAAAUAGUUGAAUGUUACUCUCGAAUUAAUUACUUUUAAAUUAAGGCUUAAAUAUAAGGGCAAACUUGAUCUGCUGUAUUUUCACCUUCUUAUAACAACAUCGGUUUUCUUAAACCACGUGUUGCAACACAAAACAUUUCUAAUAACUAUGAAGUUAGUGCUGAAGAGGUUGUUUGAAUCUUUUAGUGUACAGUUGCAUCUCAGGGACUUCACUGUAGAAUCUUCUCUUCCAUGAUAGUUGUAUCAUGUAUUCAGGCACAAAAAUAAUAAGAAUAAUCCUGUCUUCUUAGUCUUAUUGUGUAUAUUUUAAAGGGGGGAGGAUUGGGGAAAUAUAUUAAGAUUUCCCAAAACAUUGCAAUAGAGUCGGUUGCCUUGAUAUUUGAGGCAGCUGGCGCUUCCCAUCCCUGUAGAAUUUGCUUUGCAAACCUAUUGCUGGGAUGUCUUAGAUGCCUAUUUCCAAGCAAACCAUAAAAUCAAGGUGUUAUGACCCAGAGAGUUAUGGGGAGAGGUUCAAGGUGUAGCUUUUUAAUCAGUAAGUGUUGCCUGGGCCGUGCAGGUGUGCUUCGGUCCGUAAACACGGAGAGAAGCGCAGGAGGAUGGGUGAAUGCAAACAAAAAUACACCUUACAGUUACCUCUCAGUGUUCUGUGCCUUCUGAAGCGCCCGAACCCUGCUCACGGGUAUGUGUUAUGCACAGAAAUCUGUUUCAGAGUUUUCUUCAGAGAAUUAUAUAUGACUAUAACGAAGUUGCACAGCUCUGCCCAGUGUGGUUUUUCUCUCUCAUGUGUCGUCUGGAACUGGGAGAGGUGGCUGUAGAUCAGGAACAGCAUGGGCAGGUCUGGCAGCCUUUCAGCCCCCAGUGAUUUGGGUCGUUAAUUCCAGUGCCAAAUAGUCCAUGGUCAGCUCCUCGUUAGAAACUGCAUCCCAGUGUGUGUUGCCAAGGUGAUCCCACAGCUUUCCAUAGGAACGGGUUUUGUCUACGAGGAAACCGGUGCUGAAGUCGUGGUAAAAGGCUUUUGUAUUCUUUAAGGAGCCAAUUUUUUCUUCCUCUUUGUUUUAGAAAUUGCUUUGAAUAACGUUUUGACUCUGUAAUGACAGGGCACGUGUUAUGCACUAAAAUUAAAACUUUUGUAUAAAAGUCGAUGAUAUCAAAAUGAAAUUGAUAGCGCUGCUGGAAUAACGUGCUGAAACAGACUUUUGUAUUUCUUGGUAUAAUGUGCAAUAUCAAAUAUUUCCUAAUUAAAAAUGCAAUGUAUGCUUAAUUGUUGUUCUUCCAUGAAGUAUUUAAUUGGGGAUGGGAAACUUUUAAGAAGACCAAAUGCUCUUUCAUGAACUGUCCUGAACUCUCAAAACUGAGCUUAAAUUUUACAAAUCUGCAUUAAAAAACAGUGUAUUUGACCA